AUGAAGUCAGAUGCACUGGAAGAUGAUGAAAUGUCUUCUCUCAAUACUUUCCAUCUGAACCAGUCUGGCACUACUGAGUUUGUGUUCCGAGUAUUCACCACCUCCCCCAAGAUCCAAGCCCUCCUUUUCUGCUUCUUCCUCCUUCUUUACAUAAUGAUUCUCUGUGGUAACACUGCGAUAAUCUGGGCUGUGUAUACCCACACAUCCCUCCACACACCCAUGUAUUUUUUUCUGUCCAAUCUGUCCCUCUUAGAGAUCUGUUACACCACUACUGUGGUACCACUGAUGCUCUCCAACAUCUUUGGGGCUCAAAGACCCAUCCCAUUGGCUGGCUGUGCAGCUCAGAUGUUCGUGUUUUGCACCCUUGGUGGUACCGACUGUUUCUUAUUGGCAGUCAUGGCAUAUGACCGCUAUGUGGCCAUCUGCCAUCCCCUUCACUACACACUCAUCAUGACCCAGAAGCGAUGUAUUCAGCUAGUAGUUGCUUCCCUCAGCUUGGCUUUUUACCUUGAACUGCAGCUCACAGUAUUGAUCUUCACCCUCCCCUUCUGUGGUCACCGCCUGGAGAUCAACCACUUCUUGUGUGAUGUCCCACCUGUCUUACGUCUGGCCUGUGGUGACACUCGAAUGCAACAAGCUGUUCUUUUUGUUGUGGGUGUCUUUGUUCUGACUGUCCCCUUUGUGCUCAUCUCCAUUUCCUAUAUCUUUAUUGCCAAUACCAUUCUACGAAUUCGCUCUGCAGAGGGCAGGAGGGCAUUUUCCACCUGCUCUUCCCAUCUCUCUGUGGUCCUACUGCAGUAUGGCUGUUGCACCCUGGUCUAUAUGCGUCCUAAGUCCAGCACCUCAGAGGACGAGGACAGGCACCUUGCCUUGGUUUAUACUUUUGUCACACCUCUGCUCAACCCCCUCAUUUACACCCUACGGAAUAAGGAUGUCAAAGAAGCACUGAAAAAAUCCAUGAGCUGCACAGCAGCCUCUGAAACUCCAUGA